AUGUUGGAACGCACAGUGGACCACAUGCUGGAACGCACGUUGGAACGCAAGAUACUGCAUGUGAGCAGAGCAGAUCGCUUUCUGUACUCGUUCUUUGGAUUGUGCAAAAUGGGUCGUCCAGCAUCAAAGAAGACUAAAAAGAAGACUGUGAAAAAGGAAGAAAAACCAAAGGCUUGCGAAGACAUCUUGCCCCCGCCCUCGCUGUAUCACUCAUUUACAACGCAGGAGACCGUGGAACUCAGGAAGUGUCUGCUUACAUGGUAUGAUAAAUGCAAGAGAAACCUGCCUUGGAGAUCUCUGGCAAAUACUGAGUUGGACUUGGACCGCAGGGCUUACGCAGUGUGGGUGUCCGAGAUCAUGUUGCAGCAGACUCAGGUGGCUACUGUGAUUGACUAUUAUAACAGAUGGAUGAAGACCUGGCCAACACUUGACGACCUUGCUUCAGCAUCUCUGGAGGAGGUGAAUGAGAAAUGGUCUGGACUCGGGUAUUAUUCCCGUGGACGGAGAUUGCAAGAAGGAGCCAAAAAGGUUGUGACCGAAUUUGGCGGCCGGAUGCCCCGCAGUGCAGAAGAGCUGCAGAAGUUGUUGCCGGGAGUAGGGCGAUACACAGCAGGAGCAAUCGCUUCUAUUUCCUAUGGCCAGACGACCGGAGUUGUGGAUGGAAACGUAAUCAGGGUUUUAUGCAGACUCCGCUGUAUCGGGGCCAACUCUGGUUCACCGGCAGUAGCUGACAAACUUUGGGACUUGGCAAACCAUCUUGUUGAUCCUGAGCGACCAGGAGAUUUUAACCAAGCCAUGAUGGAGUUAGGGGCUACUGUGUGCACCCCAAAAAAGCCACGGUGCACUGAGUGCCCCUUACAAAGCCAGUGCCGGGCAUAUGAAAAGGUUGAAGCCGAUUUAACAUCAGCCGCCGGUAAACUAACAAACAGAAAUCCCGACCCUAAAUAUGCCGCUGGCGACAUUGAAGAGUGCGAUUUGGCCCACGGUUCAUGCACAUUGUGCUUGCCCUCUUCUGACCUCUGGGACAGAUCGCUUGGGGUGACAAACUUUCCCCGCAAAUCUGCAAAGAAGGCGUCACGGGUGGAACAAACCUUGACCUGUGUGUGGCAGAGAUGUGGACAAGAGGAGGAGCCAGAAUAUUUACUCGUUCAGAGACCCAGCUCAGGGCUUCUGGCAGGGAUGUGGGAGUUUCCCAGCAUGCUUUUGGAGAACAAACCUACUGAAAAAGAUGGAGGACUGGCACUGGGCAACUAUCUUCAGGAGGUUACAGGCCACGUGGUCCCUUUGAACAAGCUGCAGUAUGUAGGAGAGGUGGUCCACAUAUUCUCUCAUAUUCACCAGACAUACCUGGUCUACUUCCUGUCUACAAGCCGCGUCGAUGCAGUCACCAUUAAUGAAGAGCUUUCUGAAUGUCCAGCCUCUCGUUGGGUCUCCAGGAACCAGUUUCUGGAAGCUGCUGUGUCCACAGCGAUGAAAAAAAUUCUGACGCUGUGUGAGAGGAACAGCAGCUCCAGUAACAGUACACCAGGGAAACGGAAGAGAGACGGAUCUGUCUUGCAGCCACCAGGCAGAAGAAUCAAGAUAGAGACUGAAAAUCAAAGGUCGAUACAGAGCUUCUUCAAACCGACCAAUAGGAAGUGACCUGCGACCUGCAGAUCCAAUGAUGGAUAGCAUUACCGGCUCCAGUCUGCUGUAUUGAGUGCAGAUCAGUACGUUUUACACAAAGAUCCCAUCUGCUGCGAAUCCCAAAGGACUGCAUUUUUAUCAGAAUAUACACAUGGUUUUAUAUUUUUGUAUAUUAUGCUAAUUUCCUUUUCUACUAUGUGUUUUAAUACAAUGUGUGCAUCCCUA